UAGGCGAUUUUAUCAAACCCAGAAGAAAAAAAAGAUUUUUUAUUUUAUUUUUAAUAAUAAUUUAUUUUUAUUUCAAUGAGAAAGCAAGAGAGCAUAGGAAUUGGAGAUGGAAGGAGAAGAAGAAAAACAACAACAACAGCCCAACAAGCUUUCUUUUUCUCGUCAAGUCUUCUCUAAGGAAAACAUUUUCUCGGAAACCAAACACUCCCCUUAAAGAAGCUCUAGAUCUGCGUCACUGUCUCAGUGCCUGAAUGGUGCUUGCCUCGCUUUCUUAGCUGGAAGAUUUGCUGGCUGUCCAGCAAAUAAAAGCAUGUGCUGUGGUUUGGAGCGGCUAAAACCCAUACAAUCUCCGGCACCAUCUUCAAUUUCUUUUGAAGAAAAUAGAGUCUCCAACAUAGCGAUGAAUCACUUGACUGUUGAAACGGAAGAUACUUUUGCCAGUUUGCUUGAGCUUGCAGCUAACAAUGAUGUUGAGGGUUUCAAAAGAUCAAUUGAGCGUGACCCGUCUAGCAUCGAUGAGCCUGGUCUCUGGUAUGGCCGCCAAAAGGGCUCAAAACUGAUGGUUAAUGAGCAGAGAACCCCUUUGAUGGUUGCUGCUACUUACGGUAGUAUUGAUGUCAUGAAGGUUAUUCUUUCUUUGUCUGCAGCCGAUGUAAAUCGACCCUAUGGUCUUGAUCGAAGCACUGCACUCCAUUGUGCUGCGUCAGGCGGGGCUGAGAAUGCUGUUGAUGUUGUGAAGCUGCUUUUAGCAGCGGGUGCUGAUCCAAAUUCGAUGGAUGGAAAUGGCCAUUUUCCUGUUGAUAUUAUAGUUGUUCCUCCUAAGCUGCAAGAUGUCAAAUUAGCACUUGAAGAACUCCUCAAGACUACCAGUUCUGCUGUUGCACGCACUUUAACUGUUUCAACCAGAAAUUUGAAUCCAAGCUCUCCACCGCUUUCUUCUUCACCAGAAAAUGGGACGGAGUCUCCAUCGGCAUCAGAUUUUAUUUCUUCACCAACUAAGUCCAAGUUUAAUGAUCUUCCUGUUUCUUCUGCUUCUGAUAAGAAAGAGUACCCCAUUGAUCCAUCUCUCCCGGACAUUAAGAACAGCAUUUAUUCAACAGAUGAAUUCCGAAUGUACUCAUUUAAGGUGCGACCCUGUUCACGUGCAUACUCCCAUGAUUGGACUGAAUGCCCUUUUGUCCAUCCAGGUGAAAAUGCACGAAGAAGGGAUCCAAGGAAGUUUCACUACAGCUGUGUCCCUUGUCCUGAAUUCCGUAAAGGGGCUUGCAGACGAGGGGAUAUGUGCGAGUAUGCUCAUGGGGUAUUUGAGUGCUGGUUACACCCAGCUCAGUAUCGAACCCGUCUUUGCAAGGAUGGAACGAGCUGUGCAAGAAGAGUCUGCUUUUUUGCUCACACUGCUGAGGAACUCAGACCAUUGUAUGUCUCUACCGGUUCUGCUGUUCCCUCUCCCCGAACAGGCACUCCUGGAGCUGCUGCCAUGGAUUUUGCUGCAGCAAUGAGCAUGUUGCCUGGCUCUCCCUCAUCAGUGUCUGUCAUGUCUCCUUCACCGUUCACACCACCUUUGUCACCAUCCAAUGGCAUGUCGCACUCUUCAGUUGCUUGGCCACAGCCCAAUGUUCCUGCUUUACAUCUUCCAAGCAGCAAUUUCCAGUCCAGUCGCUUGAGAUCUUCCCUUAAUGCGAGAGACAUUCCGGCAGAAGACUUUGAUUUGCUGCCAGAUUUUGAUGUGCAGCAACAGCAGCUCCUGAAUGAGUUCUCUUGUCUCUCGCAACCAUCCAUGAGUUCAAAUUCUUUUAAUCGUUCUGGUCGGUUGAAAACCCUUACACCCUCGAAUCUAGAUGAUCUCUUCUCUGCUGAGAGCUCAUCUCCUCGGUACUCUGAUCAAGCGUUGCCAUCAGGUGUUUUCUCCCCGACUCAUAAAUCAGCCGUCAUCAAUCAAUUUCAGCAGCAGCAGAGCAUGCUUUCUCCAAUCAACACAAAUUUCUCCCCCAAAAAUGUCGAUCACCCUCUAUUGCAGGCUUCUUUUGGGGUCCCAUCUUCUGGGAGGAUGUCUCCACGAAAUCUGGAGCCUAUUUCACCUAUGGGCUCUCGGGUGUCCAUGUUAGCUCAACGUGAGAAGCAGCAGCAGUUUCGCAGUCUCAGCUCACGUGAACUAGGCUCCAACUCUGCUUCCAUUGUUGGUUCUCCUGUAAAUUCUUGGUCAAAAUGGGGAUCCUCCAACGGAAAACCAGAUUGGGCGGUUAGUGCAGACGAGCUAGGCAAACUUCGCAGAUCCUCUUCGUUUGAGCUUGGGAACAACGGAGAGGAACCGGAUCUGUCAUGGGUUCAGUCGCUUGUGAAAGAGUCUCCAACUGAAAUGAAAGAAAAGUUGUCAGCACCCGUUUCAGGCGUUGCGGCUAAUGUGUCAUCCAAUGAGGGUUCGAAUGUGAACUCGCAGGUUGAAUCGGUUGAUCACGCUGUGCUUGGAGCAUGGCUCGAACAAAUGCAGCUUGAUCAUCUUGUGGCUCAGCAGAACUAAAUAAGUUUCAGUGAGCCCCGAGGUAGUUAACAACAGAGAGGUUUUGCCAUUUUGGUACAUAACAUUAUGCCUUUUUUUUUCCAGAAUUUUGUUGGCGGGUGGGUGUGGAAAGAAGGUAACAGUAACAAGGAAGAAAGCAAAAAGGAGUAAGAAAUCAACUCCUUAAGAAGAAAAUUCGUUUUCACCAUUUAUUAUUACAACAUAAGUUUAGAAAAGGGUAAGAACACCUCUGGGUUAUACUCGAGAAACACAAAAAAAAAAAAAAAGAGCCCAAUGUGGGUCUUUUUGCAUCUAAUAUUUUUAAAUUUUAGGAAUUAUAUGAUUGUCAUUUUUUCUUCUAUGAUUUUGGAACAUGUUUCCAUUGAUAUGAAACUGAAAAAUGCUAUAUGCUUGUUCCAUCAUUUUCCUCUUAAUUCAUUUCUAGAUUUGGUAAACAUUAGGAAGGUGGUCAUGAUCUUCUCCUGAAGAGUUCAUUGAUAUAAUGGGUAUGGACCACUGAUCCGUUUUUGGUUUUAGAGGAUUUUGCACCAAAUGUUGGUCUCUGUGUAAUUGAGAAGAAUUAUUAUGUAACUAUUUUCCAGUUACUGGGGGUUGUUUACAGAGAUGGAGAAAUUGUCAUGCUUCAUGUAACAUUCAAUUUUACUGCUAUUGGUAUUCUAAUACCUUUAUUUUUUAUUUA